AUGAGGCUCCGGAGAGCCUGCCUGCUGGUCCUCCUCCUGGCGCUGGUGCAGCUGCUGGCCGCGGCGAGCGCCGGGGGCCCGGACGCAGAUUCUAAUAAAGAAGAAGCUUUUGAAGAGGAAGAUGAAGAGGAGGAGGAGGAAGAGGAAGAGGAGGAAGAUGACUUGGAAGUUAAGGAAGAAAAUGGUGUCUUAGUCCUAAGUGACGCAAACUUUGAUAACUUUGUGGCUGACAAAGACACGGUGCUGCUGGAGUUCUACGCUCCAUGGUGUGGACAUUGCAAGCAGUUUGCUCCAGAAUAUGAAAAAAUUGCCAGUACCUUGAAGGAGAAUGACCCUCCCAUUCCUGUCGCUAAGAUUGACGCAACCUCAGAGUCAGCACUGGCCAGCAGGUUUGAUGUGAGCGGCUACCCCACUAUCAAGAUCCUCAAGAAGGGGCAGGCUGUUGACUACGAAGGUUCCAGGACCCAGGACGAAAUUAUUGCCAAGGUCAAAGAAAUCUCCCAGCCCAAUUGGACGCCUCCACCAGAAGUCACACUUGUGCUGACCAACGAUAACUUCGAUGAAGUGGUGAACGAUGCAGACAUCAUUCUGGUGGAGUUUUAUGCCCCCUGGUGUGGGCACUGCAAGAAGCUGGCCCCUGAGUACGAGAAGGCCGCCAAGGAGCUGAGCAAACGCUCUCCCCCAAUCCCUCUGGCAAAGGUCGACGCCAUCGCGGAAACAGACCUGGCCAAGCGGUUCGGUGUCUCCGGCUAUCCCACCCUGAAGAUCUUCCGCAAAGGAAAGCCUUUUGAAUACAAUGGCCCCAGGGAGAAAUAUGGGAUCGUCGACUACAUGAUUGAGCAGUCCGGGCCGCCCUCCAAGGAGAUUUUGGCCCUGAAGCAGGUCCAAGAGUUCCUGAAGGAUGGAGAUGAUGUCGUCAUCAUCGGAGUCUUCAAGGCAGAGAGUGACCCGGCCUACCAGCUGUACCAGGAUGCUGCUAACAACCUGAGAGAAGAUUACAAAUUCCACCACACUUUCAACACUGAAAUUGCAAAGUUCUUGAAAGUCUCCCCAGGGAAGUUGGUCAUGAUGCAGCCUGAGAAAUUCCAGUCCAAAUACGAGCCCAAGAGCAACAUGAUGGACAUCCAGGGCGCCCCGGAGGGCUCUGCCGUCAAGGACUUCGUGCUGAAGCACACCUUGCCCCUGGUGGGCCACCGCAAGCCCUCCAACGACGCCAAGCGCUACACACGCCGCCCUCUGGUGGUCGUCUACUACAGCGUGGACUUCAGCUUUGACUACAGAGCCGCCACUCAGUUUUGGCGGAGCAAGGUGCUGGAGGUGGCUAAGGACUUCCCCGAGUACACUUUCGCCGUGGCUGAUGAGGACGACUUUGCCACGGAGGUGAGGGACCUAGGGCUCAGCGAGAGCGGGGAGGACGUCAAUGCUGCCAUCCUGGACGAGGGUGGGCGGAAGUUUGCCAUGGAGCCUGAAGAGUUUGACUCUGACACCCUCCGAGAGUUCGUCAAAGCUUUCAAAAAAGGAAAACUGAAGCCAGUUAUCAAAUCCCAGCCUGUGCCCAAGAACAACAAGGGGCCCGUCAAGGUCGUGGUGGGCAAGACCUUCGAGUCCAUCGUGAUGGACCCCAAGAAGGACGUCCUCAUCGAGUUCUAUGCGCCCUGGUGCGGGCACUGCAAGCAGCUGGAGCCCGUGUACACCUCCCUGGGCAAGAAGUACAAGAGCCACAAGAACCUGGUCAUCGCCAAGAUGGACGCCACCGCCAAUGACAUCACCCACGACCGCUACAAGGUCGAGGGCUUCCCCACCAUCUACUUCGCGCCCAGCGGGGACAAAAAGAACCCAAUUAAGUUUGAGGAUGGAAACAGAGACCUGGAACACUUGAGCAAGUUUAUAGACGAACAUGCCACAAAGCCAAGCAGGACCAGGGAAGACCUUUAA